CAUCACGUUCUCAUGGUUUUGAACGGGUACGAUAAGCAUCCUCAGCAAUUACAAGGUAAUCGGCAGAGCAGACAACAUCUUCAGAGCAAUUUGUGGAUGUUUUAACUUUCUUGAGUGGGUUUAUUUGUAGAAGCAUAGCUUAUCGGCCGACUUUGUUUGGUAAGUGAAUGUUGCUCCUGUACAGGUGAACGAGCGGACUAUAGUUUGAAUGGGUAUUGAAGAAGGAAAAAUCUACGCCAAGAAAGCAAGUUUCCAAACAGUUUCCAAAAAGAAGCACGGGGUAUUUCAUGGACUAUUUCAGAGAAUGCCGGCAGUCUAAUCUUAAAAUUGAGAAAAUCAUUAAACCUACUAAGUGAUAAGCAGAAUUUCCACAAUAUUUCGACUUUGUAAAGGCUAGUGCUUUUGCACAAGAAGCUGCCCUGUUAUUGCAAUUUUGUUUUAAAUGUUUGGGAGUCAAGAUCACCCGACAAGAAACAUCCGAGGGUUGAAAGUUGGAACUUUUGAAGAAGAAAUGGAUCCUGUUCGUUCUUGGGUGCGGAAUGUCGGCGUUAUUGAUGCAAACAUAGCGGCACAGAGUGGAUUGGCUUUAUCCCGUGCUCACUUUGAAAAGCAGCCUCCCUCCAAUCUCAGAAAGUCCAACUUCUUCCAUUUUGUUCUGGCACUUUAUGACCGCAAUGGACAGCCUGUGGAAGUGGAGAGGACAGCAUUUGUUGACUUUGUGGAGCAGGAUAAGACGGGGGAAAAGACCAAUAAUGGAACUCACUACAAACUCCAGCUCCUCUAUAGUAAUGGUGUUCGCACAGAACAAGAUCUUUAUGCACGUCUCAUUGAUUCUGUCACUAAACAGCCUAUAUCAUACGAGGGACAGAACAAGAAUCCAGAAAUGUGCCGUGUUCUGCUUACUCAUGAGGUCAUGUGCAGUCGCUGCUGUGAGAAAAAAAGCUGCGGCAAUCGUAAUGAGACACCAUCUGACCCUGUCAUCAUUGACAGAUUUUUCUUGAAGUUUUUCCUAAAGUGCAAUCAAAAUUGUCUGAAGACAGCAGGGAACCCCCGAGACAUGAGGAGAUUUCAGGUGGUUUUGUCGACCACAGUCAGUGUGGAUGGUCCUGUACUAGCCAUUUCGGAUAAUAUGUUUGUGCACAACAACUCCAAACAUGGACGUCGCUCUCGUAGAAUGGAUCCAAAUGAGACAGUGGAGACUAGCAUGGAAUAUGCUAUUCCCUGUAUCAAAGCCAUCAGCCCUAGUGAAGGUUGGACUACAGGCGGGGCUAUGGUAAUUGUGAUUGGGGAAAACUUCUUUGAUGGUCUGCAGGUGGUUUUUGGGAGCAUGCUCGUGUGGAGUGAGUUAAUCACUCCUCAUGCUAUCCGAGUUCAAACUCCUCCUCGACACAUACCAGGGGUUGUAGAAGUUACGCUAUCUUAUAAAUCUAAGCAGUUCUGUAAAGGAGCUCCAGGGCGCUUUAUUUAUACAGCACUGAAUGAGCCAACUAUUGACUACGGCUUCCAGAGACUUCAAAAGCUGAUCCCUCGACAUCCUGGUGACCCCGACAAAUUGGCAAAGGAAAUGUUACUUAAAAGAGCAGCAGAUGUUGUUGAAUCACUCUAUGGAAAUACAACCAGCAAUCAGGACAUUUUGCUAAAACGGGCGGCAGACAUAGCCGAGGCUCUGUAUAGCAUGCCACGACCUCACAGUCAGCUGCAGGCCAUGCCAAGUUCCCCUGUCCAUGGAAGCGUUAUGGGCCUCAGCUCUUAUCCCACCCAGCUGGGUGUAAGUAUGGGAGAACCUGUGCAAACCAGCAGCCAAGGUUACACUCGAAACCCAAGCAGUUUGUCACCUCGGGGCUACCCUUCAGCAUCGACCCCUCAGCAGUCAGGUUAUGGAUCCAAUUUAGGCAUGAGUGCGAGUUACGGAGCCGUGCCCAUGAGUAGUCUGGGUGUUUCAGGGUCACCUGGCUUUAACAGUUCUUCACCAAACAGCUCUCCUUAUGCUAUCAUGCCAUCUAGCCCCACUGUACCUGGCUCCAGUUCUUCAUCCUCCCUUUUGCCCUACACAUCUUUCCCAACCUCAAACAAACAAAAAAGUGCCUUUGCUCCUGUCCUGAGACCACAGGGUUCACCAUCACCUGUUUGCCAAACCUCAGGAGGCUCCAGCUUUAGAGCAAUGACAGGCCUUGUGGUUCCCCCAAUGUAGAUAAUGAGUCUUUUCCAGUCAUAAGAUCUACAGUUAGUUGCUAGAACUGGACUGACAUCAAUGUUGUCUUCUUCAAGCCACACUGAGUGAAAAAGAUACAGUUGUAUAAUCUUCUGAUGAAGACCCAUCAAGAGUAUUAGAGACCACAACGACAUCUUCAAAAGAUUUUGGGAACCUUCUUAAAACAUGUCAACUCUAUGCACGCCGGUUGCUUCUGAUUGUAAGAAGGUUGCCAAAGGGAUGGUGUUACUAAAAGUUACUUCCAGCCACAAAAUGCCAAAAGAGGAUUUUUUUUUUUUUUUUUUGAAAACAUGUUACACAUGUCUGGCCAUAUGUUCUCAACAGACACAUUGAUCAAUAGACCGCAGUAGAUGCCAUUAAAAAGGAUGUCAGUUGUGUCAAAACAGAUUUUUUUUUUUUUUAACUAUAUGCUGAUAGAUCUACAUCCCUAAACUGAAAUUGUGUUUUUGAAAGCAUACAUCAGGCUUUUCAUUUAGAGAAACAGAAAAUGUCUAUUUAGGUUUAUGAACGGAUUACCUCAUAUAUUUACUUAUUUAAUGACAGAAACUAUAUAAGUUAUAUUUUUAGUUUAAGUACUAAUAUAAGGAACCGUAAUUGUAUUUGCUAUUUGUUAUCGAAUUGUAUUUGUUUUUCUGUAAACAUUUUAAAUGUUGUCAUUUUGUUAUUCAUAUUAAAAUAGUGAUUGUAGAUUUUUACAUGUAAAAGAGUUUUGUUGUUAAACAUACAAGCAAUAUAUUGGGGCCAGUUUGUUAGAAAGUAAAUACCUUGUAAACAUUAAGUCAAGAGGACAAGAACAUGAAGGAUUAAGUAGUUUUACAUAUUCAGUUAAAGAUCAGAAUCUACACUAAAUUAAUCAUCACCACUCUCAUUAUCUUAGAUCGGACACUAUUUGCAGAGUAUGCAUUUGUAGCAAUAUAUCUGACCUUGUUAUUUAUGAAUGUUCUCAUAUUAGUAGCACUUCAAAAAGUUUUUUUUUUUUUAC